GCGCCCGUGGGCGAGGUGAUGGUUAUGGCCGUUCAGGGGCCGCUGCCGCCGCGCCCGGAGCUGCCGCCGCGCCCGGACCCGCUCCCGACGCUCCCGCUGCUGCUGGCGGCCGCCGCUGCGGCGCUCCUCGGCUACUACUGGGCGCGGGUGCCGCGGCGGCCGCUGCUCGCCGCUGGCCCGCAGCUCCGUGCCUUCCUGCAGCGUCGGUGCCCUGCCGUGGGCGACACCUUCUACCCCACACCCUGGUGCUUCGAGGGCCGCCUGCAGACUGUGCUGGGGGCUCUUCUCUCGGCCCGGCGCCCCGUCUCCUACCGCAGCGAGGCCAUCCGCACCCCCGACGGCGGGCAGCUCAUCCUCGACUGGGCUGAGGACACAGGCAGCCACCGGCACCUGGAGCCAUGUGCCCGUCCCACCGUCCUGCUGCUCCCGGGCCUCACCGGCAGCAGCCAGGCCGGUUACCUACUCGGCCUGGUGCAUCGGGCUGGCCGCGCUGGCUACAGGUCUGUCGUGCUCAACCACCGUGGCUGCCGGGGCGAGGAGCUGCUGACCCCCAGGACCUUCUGCGCCAGCAACACUGAGGACCUGGAGACGGCCAUCGCCCACAUUAAGCGCCAGCACCCGCGGGCCCCACUGAUGGCUGUUGGCGUCUCCUUGGGCGGGAUGCAGCUGCUGAACUACCUGGGGCGGCGGGGACCGGCAGCAGGGCUGGUGGCAGCCAUGGCCCUCUGCCCCUGCUGGGAUGCUGGUGCCUCGGCCAUGGCGCUGGAGCAGCCCAUCAAUGCUCUGCUCUUCAACCGGCCGCUCACUGCUGGCAUCUGCCGCCUCGUCAGCAGGCACAGGGCGGCCAUCGGGGAGAAGGUGGACGUGGAGCAUGUCCUACAGGCACGCACCAUCCGCCAGUUUGACGAGCGCUACACAGCCCCAGCCUUUGGCUACCGCUCCUGCCAUGAGUACUAUCAGGCAGCCAGCCCUGCUCAUGGGCUGCACUACAUUCGUGUGCCUGUCCUCUGCCUCAAUGCCUCCGAUGACCCCUUCUCUCCCCUGCAUGCCAUCCCCGUGGAGGCCGCCUGGCGCCUGCACCAUGUGGCACUGCUGGUGACGGCCCACGGUGGCCACCUCGGCUUCCUGGAGGGACUCUGCCCACGCCCUGGCAGCUUCAUGGAGCGGCUCUUUGCCCAGUUCACCAUCGCGGUCUUCGAGCACGGCGAGGAGCUGCAGCAGCUGGAGGGGGACGGGGAUGAGGCUGUGGGGCAGGGAACUGCCUGACUCCAUAAUAAACCCAUGCUGCUGCAGCCACGUGUCUGUGGGCAGGGAGCAGCAUAGAUGGCACAGCAC